AUGCUUUCACGUCCCACCUACACGGUGCUGGGUUCAGAUCCCACCAACCGCAAAUGCAGAAUCAAUUGUUAUGCCUUUCAGCAGGAUGCCAUCGUCACGUUUCAAGGCUGGCAGUAUGCUGCCUUUUGCAGCCCCCUUCCAGAUGUCGCUGAACCGCUUUAUGUGCACCUCGCCAGGAGGCGGCUCCUAGAACCCCCACACGAUAAUCCGGGAGGCUGGGAGGUGCUGGCAUUGACAGACUACCCCCAGACAGUUGAUGACGGCCACAAUACCGUUCAGCUAGGCAUCUCUCCUGGUGACGGCACAAUUCAUCUAUCAUAUGAUCAUCAUUGUGAUGUACUUCGCUAUCGUUACUCGUGUCGAGAUCUUGCCUUGAAGCCCACCGAGUUCACCUGGAUAAGCUCCCACUUUACAACAACGCUCGACUACCUUCCCGGGCUCCCUGCGUCUCACAAACCCUUCCAUUACGUCACCUACCCCCGGUUCUGUGCGGCCGAUUCUGAUCUUCUUUUUACGCUCAGAGACGGCAAAGCAGGUCUGGGAAACGACCAUCUUUAUAUCUAUUCUUCUUCCUCUGGCCGUUGCUCCUACCUUGGCCAGCAUCUCACUGGGAUUCAAAGCAAUCCGUAUAUCCACGGCCUGAGCUACCGCUCGGGCAGACUGCAUUUGACAUGGGUCUACCGUGGUUUUGUCCACUAUGACGGAUGGGAUGAUCUCGCAGACGCCAAGCACAAGCAGCAGGCUGGGCCCAACGGAGCGGAGAACAAUCAUGAUUUAUGUUAUGCUUACAGCGACGGCCUCGGAAAAACAUGGAAGAAUGGCCAGGGCAAAGAGAUUGCGUCAAGAGACCUGGGGAUUAGCACUAUCGAUAACAACAGCGAGGGGAUCGUUGUUUUUCGCAUCCCUAAAAGAUCAGGUCUCACAAAUCAGGAAUCUCAAGUCGUUGAUCUGGACGGCGGUGUCCAUGUUUUGAACAGGAGUUCCUUGCCAGUCGGAUCGAACAACAGGAGCGGCGUGGAAGCCGUCCACUGGAGACAUUAUUACAAGGCGCCGGGUGAUGAUGGAAUUUGGUCUGAAUUUCUGCUCCGACCUGUAUAUGGCAGCACCAGGGGAAGACUGGCUGUUUCGAAAACCGGGGAUGUAAUCAUCAUUCUUCCCGAUGCAGAAAAUGGACGUGUUUAUAUUGAAAAGGCAACCAAAAGCAGUGGGUAUACUGCUCAUGAAGAGGUUUGGUCUGGAGAAGGGCUCAGGGGUGAACCACUGGUUGACCUGCCACGGUUGGAGAACGAUAACGUGUUGUCGUUGAUGGUCUUGGCUGAUACCAAACCAUCAAAUGACAUAGAUCCAGGAACGAGGAAUGUUGUAGUAUUGGACUUUGAAUUGUAA